AUGUCGAUGUACAGAUUUGUAAAAGAAGGUGGUAGCAGUAAGCGCCUCUUUGUUCAGGGGACGCUAGAAAGUGACGACUCAAAACCUUUGAAAUCAAGCUUAAAGAAGCCCUCUUCAUCAUCUGUUGGGUCUCCAAUAACGACCAGUUUGAACUUGGCUUCAGUGCCAAGAAGUUUGAGAGAAGGAUUAACAAGACACGAAACAGUAUACGAUGGAAAUUAUCCUGGAAUAGAAAGAACGUCCAGCUACCGAUCUGGGUCUCAUCGUGAUGAAAGCUAUAAUGGACGUAUAGUGUACGAUGGAAACCAAACUCAUUUCGAAUAUGAUGGAGAGGGCGCUGUAGCAGUGCCGACGUCAGCCGGUGGGCUAGGAAUGUCAGAGUUGCAGGCGAUUCAUACGAACAAGAGAAUGUCGACCGAGGUUCUAGGCUCUUCUUUAGAGUCGACCAAAAUCUCGAAGAAAGACGACAGCGGACAGCGAAGAAUCACCACGAGGAUUGUAAGAAAGGUGACGACGUUGACUCGUGGUGAGGAGAAGGCUUCAGUAGAAGAUGUGCGGGGAGGGUCAGUUCAACGAUCUUCUGAACAUUACAGGCACGUGGAGACGGAGUCAUCGCUGCCUAGAAGAGUAAAGAUAUCCGACAUAGUGAUCGGUCAGGAGGCGAACGUGACAGCCCGAGAAGCCUUACUCAGCUGGGCCCGGCGUUCCACCGCGAAGUACCCGGGAGUCAGAGUUGCUGACUUCACGUCUUCCUGGCGAGACGGACUCGCCUUCAACGCGCUCAUACACAGGAACCGUCCUGAUCUGAUUGACUGGCGUAAUAUCAGAUCAAGACAAGUCCGUGAGCGCUUGGAAACGGCAUUCCAUGUCGUCGAGAAAGAGUAUGGAGUCACGAGACUACUCGAUCCUGAAGAUGUGGACACCCACGAACCUGACGAGAAGUCCCUCAUCACGUACAUCUCGUCUCUUUACGAGACGUUCCCGGAGCCACCGACGGUUCACCCAUUGUUCGACGCCGAAUCACAGCGCAGAGCCGCCGCUUACACCGAGCAGGCCGCGCAGCAUCGUGCCUGGUUGCAUGAGAAGUGUGCACUUAUGCAGGACCGUGCUUUCCCGUCAACUUUGAUCGAGAUGAAGAAGCUGCUCAGCGAGAGCACGCGUUUCCGCCAAGAGGAGGUGCCACUAAGACAGAGGGAAAAACAGAAGCUCUUCCACCAUUACAGGGAAUUAGAGAAAUAUUUCGAAACUGUAGGAGAGUGUGACAUCGAACCCACGCUCAGACCAGACGCCCUAGAACAGGCGUGGUCGCGUCUGCUGAUGGCGCAGCAAGAACGGGAGAGAGAUCUCACCGACGAGAUACGACGACUCGAGCGCUUACAGCGCCUCGCUGAGAAAUUGCACAGGGACAUAAAGCAGACGGAGGGCGGGCUGGAGAGCGUGGAGCGGCAUAUCGAGAGCGAGAUCCGGCGCGUGGAGCGCGGCGUGCACCCGGCGGACGCGAAGCUGGCCGCCGAGCACAUCGAGCACGAGCUGCGCGCCAUGGAGCACACCAUCUCCGAAAUGUUCCACGACGCGCACGCGCUGCGCGACGGCCGCUACCCGCAGGCCGCUGACUUGCUCCGGAGAGUACAACAAGUUCACGACCGGUGGCUGAACGCCCGCCAAGCCUUCACAGGCCGCCUGCUGCCCCGUCUGUCGUCGGUCCGCAUGCCCGUGCAGCAGACCACUGUGAGGCGAGAGACCCGCACAGUCCUGGAGACCAGGGUCCACGACGCAGACCCCAAGUUCCAACAGCUCAGUGAAGCCACUAAGUGGUGUAAGGAAAAAUUGAAAAAGCUUCACGAGUCGGACUACGGGUCUGAUCUACCAUCAGUGCAAAAUGAACUGGACAAACACCAGAAAGAACAUAAACAGAUCGAUAUGUUCCACUCGAAGGUGGAACAAUGCGUGCACAACCGCGCCAACUUCACAGGCGAGGAACUGAACCUGUACAACCAGCAUCUCAGCCAGCUACAGAAGCUGUACGCUGAACUGCUCUCAACUAGCACUAAACGCAUGUCGGACCUGGACGCUUUACAAGACUUCCUUCAAUCUGCCACCGCCGAGCUGAACUGGCUCAACGAAAAGGAACAGGUGGAGUUGUCCCGCGACUGGGCCGACCCUCACAUCAACUUGCCGGCUGUACAACAUUAUUAUGAGCAACUGAUGUCAUCACUCGAAAAACGAGAGCUGCAAUUCAGCAAUGUAAUCGACCGCGGAGAGGCGUUGAUCGCACAACAUCACCCUGCAACGAAGACUAUUGAAUCACAUUUACAGGUGAUGCAGUCACAAUGGGCGUGGGUGCUUCAAUUGACCUUAUGUCUGGAGACACAUCUGAAACACACCACACAGUACCAUAACUUCUUCGAAGAAGUGAAAGAAGCUGAGAAGUGGAUACAGAAACGCGAAGAAGCUCUUAAUUCGACCUUCUCUCAAUCCGAAUUUACCUUGGACCAAGGCGAGCGCUUACUCAAGGGUAUGCAGGAGCUUAGAGAAGAGCUUAAUUCUCACGGUGGUGUGGUGUCACGUCUGGUGGAGAGUGCGCAGGAAGUACGUCCUGUAAAGCAACGGCGGGCACCCAUCACUAGGCCGAUCAGGGCUGAAACUGUGUGUGCAUAUAAACACGCUAACGUGGGCAUCGAGAAGGGCAGCGCGGUGAGCGUGGUGGACAACUCGGGGCGCGUGCGCUGGCGCGUGCGGCUGGGCGGCGCCGGCACCGACGUGCAGCUGCCCGGCGCCGUGCUGGCGCUGCCGCCGCCCUGCCAGGGCGCCGUCGACGCCGCGCAGGCGCUGCGACACGCCUACGACCGGGUGAUACAACUAUGGCAAAGGAAGCAACUGAGGAUGAGACAGAACAUGAUCUUUGCCACCAUCAAAGUCGUAAAAGGAUGGGAUUUUCCACAAUUCGUAGCCAUGGGUGCCGAACAACGGCAAGCCAUCCGUCGAGCACUGAACGAAGACGCGGAAAAACUUUUGGCAGAAGGUGACCCCGCAGACCCACAGCUGCGACGCUUGCGCAGGGAAAUUGAUGACGUCAACCGACUGUUUGACGAAUUCGAGCGCAGGGCCAGGGCGGAAGGUACGUUUUUGUUGAAUUUAAUUUAA